GAUAAUUAAUAUUCAGUUUUUCUGUCUUGUGUGUAUUUUAGAUUAACUAAAAAGAAUCGUUUUCAUGUUGGGUAAUAAAAUUAAAUAUUUUACUUAAAUUAUUAAAAAUAAUAUGUAUGUCUUAGAAGAUUUUGUAACUAAAUUAACAUCGUUUGUCAGCAUUUAUACAGACAAAAAAAUAGCUUUAAAAUUACCAACUACUAAACAAAAUAUAAAUGGUCACAUUCGAUUUUAUAUCACAGGAACUCAAAAUUUAAUGGAUCUUGCUGAGAAAAUAAAGAAACAAUUUUGUAUUAUUGAUUGUUGCUCAAAUACACAUGGUCAUAUUUUGAUAUGGAUGAAAAAAGAUUUGUGGAUGUCUUCCAUAAUUAACGAAAUAUUAACAAAAGGUUCCAAUUAUGGGUCUAAUAAUUCUUAUGAAGGGACUGUCUUAACUUUAGAUUGCGAAGAAGCUAAAGAUUUUACAACAAAUAUGCGUAUUAGAUUGCUGAAAAGCUCGGUUCAAAAGCUUGCUGAAGUUAAUGGUUGUAUUAUGGGUAGUAAUGGGCAGAAAUUGUUAAUCUCUAAAAAUAUGAAGAGAAAAAAUAUGAAUGUUAUACUAUGUGGAAAUGUUAUUUAUAACAAUGAAAAUGAUUACAUUCAACUAAGAAAAGAUGCCAUUGCCAAAAUGUCUGCAAGUCGAAUUGAAUCUGGUGAAUAUCCAGAUAAAAUAAUAUCAAAACUUUGUAACAUAUCUAUUGUUUAUGAAAUGCUCAGUGUACGACACAAUAAAGUUAUAAAUACUACUUGUGGUAUUCUUAAUAAAGAUAAUGGAAUUUUUAUUAUGUAUAAUUAUUCAAGACUAUAUCAAAUAUGGACAACAUUCGAAAAAAAAGUUGCAGAAAAUUAUUAUAAUCCAUUACCAGAUUUUAAAACAGUUGAUUUUAAAGUUUUAAAGUCCUAUGAAGAAUGGGUUUUAGUUCAUAAUUUCCUAUCAAAUUAUCCAAUAAUUAUUCAAGAGUCAUCUAAAUAUAUGCUCUCAGGAAAUGUGAAUAUUCAUAAACUGUGUAAAUUUUUGUUAGAAAUGUCUUCUGCAGUCAGUUUGUUCUACCAUAGAAAUCAUGUCCUAUUGGAUCCAUUACCAAAUUUAUUACGUAUUAUGUAUGCUCGACUUCAUUUAAUUAAUGCAAUAGUAUGUGUUUAUGAAAAUGCCUUUAAUUUAAUUGGUGUCGAAUAUGUCAGAGAGAUGUAAACUAAAUUUUUUAAAAAUAAAUUUAUAUUUAAAAAAAAAAAGUUAAACUGUUUAUUAUUAUUAAUAUUUUAAUAUAAUAAAAACAUAUUUUUGUUCUGGUUCA